AUGGGUGGAUUAACAGAAAAUAUAGCUUCCUGCAAAGAACGCCGGCAGAUUUCCCUCCGAGAGGAAAAAUCGAGUCUUCUUAACAAAGCGCAGCUUCUCGCCAAGACGAUGAGUGAUAAUUUGAUGGAAAAAGUUAGUGCCUUUGGGGAAAAAUUGAAGAUUGGAGGGACUGAGGUAGGGCAGAAGAUAAGUGCUGGUGUGAGUUCAAUGAGUUUCAAGAUGAAGGAAUUUUUCCAAGGCCCAAACCAGACAGAGAAGAUUGUUGAGGAAGCCACUGCCGAAACCCUAGAUGAGCCUGAUUGGGCCACGAAUCUUGAGCUAUGCGACAUGAUCAACCAUGAUAGGAUCAACAGUGUUGAAUUGAUACGGGGCACAAAGAAACGGAUUAUGUUGAAGAACCCUAGGGUUCAGUACUUGGCCCUUGUGUUGCUUGAAACUGUUGUGAAGAACUGUGAGAAAGCGUUCUCUGAAGUCGCAGCUGAAAGGGUGCUUGAUGAGAUGGUGAAGUUGAUUGAUGAUCCUCAGACUUUGGUCAACAAUCGGAACAAGGCACUCAUGCUGAUUGAAUCUUGGGGAGAGUCAUCAAAUGAGCUGCGAUACUUGCCUGUUUAUGAAGAGACAUACAAGAGUCUGAAAUCAAGAGGGAUACAGUUCCCUGGCCGUGAUAACGAGAGCUUAGCUCCUAUAUUUACUCCUGCCAGAUCUGUCUCAGCUUCAGAAUCAGAUACCACUCUUGCACAACAACUCCAUCACGAUAUUCCUGUCCAAUCCCUUUCAGCAGAGCAAACUAAGGAAGCAUUUGACGUGGCAAGAAAUAGUGUGGAGCUUCUCAGCACUGUUUUAUCAUCUUCACCUGAGCAAGAUGCUCUCAAGGAUGACUUGACCAUUAUGCUUGUACAACAGUGCAGCGAGUCGCAAUAUACUGUUCAAAGAAUCAUCGAGACAGCAGGUGAUAACGAGGCCCUACUCUUUGAAGCAUUGAAUGUGAAUGAUGAAAUUCAGAAAGUCCUUUCUAAAUUCAAUGACGUGAAGAAAGCUUUCGUGGUACCAAGGGAGCCAGAACCUGCUACGGUACCUGUAGCUGUUGAGCCUGAUGAUUCACCCCGGGUAGGAAAAGAAGAAGCUCUUAUCAGAAAACCAUCAGGUGUGUAUAGUGGAUUGCAUGGAGGGAACAAUGAUGACAUGAUGGACGAUCUUGAUGAGAUGAUUUUUGGAAAGAAAGCUGGUGGUACGUCGGAUUCAGAACCAAAGAAGCAUCAGCCGUCUAAAGAUGAUCUUAUUACCUUCUAA